AUGGGUUGCCAAAGGGUGUGGGGGAUCAGCUGUGAGGACCGAGCGGUUUAUUUCCGGCAAGGAGUCACCCCAAGCGAGCUGAGCGGGAAGGCUUGGAAGGCGAUCGUUUGCAGCCGAGAUACCGACCGCUCUCAGACGGGGAGCUCGACCAGCCUCCUCAGCGCCGGCUGCUUUUUCAUGGAUGAUGUCAAGGAGCAAAGUAGCUCUUUCUUCCAGAACGAUGGAGAUUUCGCCUCCGACACCGAGGCGUCCUUGGCGGUCGCUGCUGACGCUGGGCUUCCUGGACUCGCCGAUGGUGGUGACGGAGACAACGACAACCAGGCGGCAGAUUCCGAGGCAACCCCGGUUGCAGACCCUGUGCCCACCUCUCACGAAGAAGAUGGCCCCGCUUCGGAACAAAAGCUCACCACCGCUGACCCGGAAGAGCCUCCCUCGGAUCAGGAUUCCCGCCCGGCGGAGCUACAGUGGACCAACAUCGACUUGAAGGAAGCCAGCAAGGCCCCUGCGCUUUCUGCCAGCGCCUUGGCGGAGACGUCCAGCCUGUCUUCCUUUGGCACAUUGCCACUCUGCGUGGAGGACCGUUACGGGACCGACGAGCAUCCACUGUGGGCCUGGGUCUCUGGCGGAGGCUGCCUUGUGGACUCCCACACCUUGCUGAAGUGGUUCAUGGCGCCGUCAGGUUUCUCCUCCGCAGGACCGUCCCUUAGUCUGUCCAUCACUCCGGUGCAGACCGCGGCGUGGCGCAAACAGAUUUUUCAGCAGCUUGCUGAAAGAACCCGACGGGAGUUGGAGAAUUUUCGACACUAUGAACAAGCCGUCGAACAGUCGGUCUGGGUCAAAACAGGCACCCUGCAGUGGUGGAGGAGCUGGAAACCGCACAAAUGGAUUGAUGUCCGGGUGGCUCUGGAGCAGUUCACGGGAAACGACGGGACACGGGACAGCAUCCUUUUCAUCUAUUACGUUCAGAUGGAGGAGAAGAAGUAUCUCCAUGUGUUCCUCAACGAAGUCACUAUCCUGGUCGAGAUCCUGAACGAAGCCAAGCAUUCCUUCGCGCUCUACACCCCGGAAAGGACUAAGCAACGCUGGCCGAUCCGUCUCGCGGCCGCCACCGAACAGGAAAUGCAUGACUGGCUGGCUCUGUUGAGCACGUCCUGUUCUGAAAGCCGGCGGAUUCAGGGCCCUCCGUCCCCUCAGGCCAUCUGGUCGGUGACCUGCAAAGGAGACGUGUUUGUCAGCGAGCCGACGCCCGAUCUGGAGGCCGCAACACACCCAAUGCCAAGUGACCAGAUGUUUUGGCGACAGGUCGGAGGACAUCUCAGAGUGGUUGAAUGCAACAGCCGCGGAAUAGUUUGGGGCGUGGGGUAUGACCACACAGCCUGGGUUUAUACUGGAGGAUAUGGAGGUGGUUUCUUUUCAGGUUUGACAGACGGCUCUGAAAACAUCUAUGCCCAGGCGGAUGUGAAGAGUGUCUAUAUUUAUGAGAAUCAGCGAUGGAACCCGGUCACCGGUUACAGCAGCAGGGGGCUGCCAACCGACCGGUACAUGUGGAGCGACGCCUCGGGCCUGCAGGAGUGCACGAAGGCAAACACGAAGCCCCCGUCGCCACAAUGGGUGUGGGUCUCCGAAUGGUCCGUCGAUUUUAGCGUCUCGGGAGGAACUGACCGAGAAGGCUGGCAGUACGCCGCCGACUUUCCGGCGUCUUAUCACGGGCACAAGACGCUGAAGGACUUUGUGCGACGGAGGCGAUGGGCCAGGAAAUGCAAAAUCGUCACCAGCGGGCCGUGGCUGGAAGUCCCUCCCAUAGCUUUAUGGGACGUCUCCAUCAUUCCCGAGUCGCCCAGCGCCAAAGAAGAAUGUGUGGCUCUCUGGGCCGUCAGUGACAAGGGAGAGGUUCUCUGCCGAUUGAACGUCUCUCCCGAGAACCCCGCGGGUUCUUCUUGGCUGCACGUGGGGACCGAUCAGCCAUUCAUCUCGGUAUCCGUCGGAGGGUUCUAUCAGGUCUGGGCGGUAGCUCGCGACGGCUCCGCCUUCUACCGUGGCUCCGUCUCGCCGCAGAAACCAGAAGGGGACUGCUGGUACCAUGUUCGCGCUCCUCCGAAGCAGAAGUUGAAGCAGGUUUCCGUCGGGCGGACGGCCGUGUUCGUGGUGGAUAAAAACGGCAACCUGUGGUAUCGGCAGGGAAUCACCCCAAACUACCCGCAGGGAUCUAGCUGGGAACCCAUUUCCAACAAUGUCCGGAAAGUUUCCAUCGGGCCUUUGGACCAGGUCUGGGUCAUCGCCGACAAAGUUCAGGGGAGCCACAGCCUGAGCUGCGGGACCGUCUGCCACCGGACCGGAGUCCAACCGAUUGAGCCGAAAGGGCUGUCCUGGGAUUACGGCAUUGGGGGAGGAUGGGAACACAUUACCGUCCGGGGGAACGCUACCGAAAUGUCCAAAAGAACAUCCCGGGAAAUCACAGAAGAGCAACCUGUCGAGCCAAACGAUUCUGAAGGCGGAGAGAGUGGAGGAAGAGAACAGCCUCCUCAGUCCACACUCUUGGUGGAAGAAGACCCAGGGGUCGACAGAAACGCCGUGCAGUGUUAACCGGCCUCUGUUCGAGAGAGAUUGGCCGCAGGACAGAUUUCCCUUUCCCCCUUCCUUCACCUCUGCCCACCCCAGAUAACAUAAAGGUGUGGUGGAGCUGUGCGGUACACCCGUCCGAACGCUUCGCCCCGGCACGAGGAGGGAAGGAUGAGAAUUCGCUGCAACUUGCGAACGAAAAUACGAUCGGCCGAGCGUCGCAGCUGGAUACUGUUUCAAGGGCGCUCCAGAGCGUCACGAGCCAUUGCGACAGUUUUGGGGGUUGCGUAGCUGCCUGGUUCUGAAUGGGUCAAGUUGCAGUUGCAUCGUUUACAGAACUGGGAUUUUCCGAAGGAGAGGAAGCCCUUUAAUUUAUUCUCUGAGUAAUACUUAUUAGCUGAGACGCUGCCGGACAAGCGGCCCACGACCGGUCUCCGGUAGCCUCUGGACGCAAGCUGCUGUUAAUAUUGAAACUCGAAUGUGAAUUGGGGCCGCUUGGACAUUGAGAUUUAGAUACACUUUCCUAUUUGUCCCUUGGAAACUGUGGUUGUACUUGGACAUCAGGAAGAAA